CUUUUACAGUCCGUAGCAUGGGGGGGGGGGGAGAAUACAGGCUUGUGCUGGGUUUGAUAAUAUAACUUUGUGCUUUAUUACGUGUAAAGGCAGUCAUUUUAUUGUUGUCAUUAUUAAACUAAUAUGUAUAUAAUUUUUAAGCGUGCAAGAUGGGAGGGACCUUUGACACGCCACUGGCUUCUUGUCCUCGUCGAGGCCACUAGUGUUAGUGGCCCCUCAGGACGCGGGUGGGCACCUUCAGGACGGAGCUGGGGGAGGUGACGAGCCACGUCAACCUCAGCGACGUGACGGUACGGGACGGCGGCACCUACACCUGCACUGCCCAGAACGCCGUCGGCUCCGUCGCCCACUCCGCCAGGCUCAAUGUUUACGGUCCGCCCUUCGUGCGUGCGAUGCCCAACGUGACGGCUGUGGCUGGCGAGGACGUGAGGCUGUGGUGUCCUGCUGGAGGCUUCCCCGCUCCUACCAUCACCUGGCGCAGGGAGGGACUCUCUCUCCCCUCCUCCCUCAGACAAGAGGUGUUGCUGAACGGGACGCUGGUAGUGAGGACGGCCUCCCACGAGGACACCGGCCGCUACUCCUGCCUGGUCUCCGGCAGGCAGGGCCAGACCGCCGCCUCCCACACCUUCCUCCAUGUCCUCAAACCUCCGGAAAUCGACACGUUCAACUUCCGGAGUAACCUGGAGGAGGGCCGGCGGACGCAGCUCUCGUGCACCGUGACGGCGGGGGACCUCCCCAUCACCAUCAACUGGCUCAAGGACGGCCGCCACCUUCAGCACGACCCGGAUGUUGAGAGUAAACAAGUCAGCGAGUUCUCCAUGGUGUUGAUCUUCAAGAAGCUGCGAGAGCAUCACUCAGGCGCCUACACCUGCGAGGCGGCCAAUGCUGCUGCGUCUGUCAAUCACACUGCCACGCUUAGGGUCAAGGUGUCGCCGAAGUGGGUGGUGGAGCCUGGAGACGGGACGGCGCUGGUGGGGGCGACGGUUGUGCUGGCCUGCAGCGCCCGGGGCUACCCUACACCUGUGCUCACCUGGAUGAAGGCUCCAGGAGAGGUGGCGCAGGACUUCCAGCCAGUGGUGGUGGACGGAGUGAGGUCCCUGCAGGCAGCGAACGGGUCCCUGGUCCUGCAGGAUACCAAGACCAGUGACGCAGGAUGGUUCAUGUGUCGCGCCGCUAACUCCGUCGGAAAACCAAUUACCAAAGUUGUUCAGCUCACUGUUCAUGCCCCAGCUCGCGUAGUGACGGAGGGAAGACGUGUGACGGGCCACGCUGGACAGACGGUGACGGUAUCCUGCGAAGCUACAGGCGAUGACCCUCUUACUCUUACCUGGCUCCGUCACCAUGCUCCCGUCUCUCCAGGUCACAGGACAUCGGUGCGCGAGAGCGAGGUAGGGAGCGUGGUGCGGGCUGUCCUGGAGAUCCGGGCGGUGACAUCAGGCGACGCCGGCCCCUACACCUGCCGCGCCACCAACCCUCACGGAGACCACUCCCACGUCUUUGACAUCGCUAUCAUAGAGCCGCCCACAGCGCCAGCAGGCGUGAGUGUGAGUGAGGUGACCAGCCGCUCCGCCGUCGUCUCCUGGAUUCUCCCGCAGCCUGCUGCUGUCACCAUACAGUACCGGGCGUCGGAGGAGGAGUCGUGGGCUGUCCACGGGAGGAACGUGAGUGUGGGCCAGUGGGCCACAUCACACGUGCUGACAGCGCUGGCCCCCUACAGGACGUAUGCUGUCAGGCUCAUGGCCCACAACGACCUUGGCGUGUCGCAGCCCUCUUUAGUCCACGUCUUCACCACUACUGAGGAAGCGCCGUCAGGAGCGCCGCAGGACGUGCGCGUGGCUGUGGGAGGUCCUCGCUCCCUGCUAGUGACCUGGAGGGCGCCGCCCCCGCAGCUGACUCACGGCCCCCUCAGGGGAUACACCCUUGCCCUCCGACGCCAGAACCUGCAGGGGCACCUCACCUUCAUCACCAGGCCCGUGACGGAUGUGGAGAGUGUGGAGCAGUACGAGGUGCAGGGCCUCACGCCGGCGACGCUGUACGAGGUGGCCGUCAGAGCCUUCACCAGAGCGGGUCCUGGACCACUCUCCUCCCCCAGAAUCGUUGACUCCACAAGCCACGAGGCGCCGUCAUGUCCGCCGGCAGGAGUGUCGUGCCGCGGGUCAGGGCGGGGCGGGGUGCGGGUGUGGUGGUCGCCCCCACCUACACACUGCGCCCACGCCCCCGUCCAAGGCUACACCAUCAUCGCCACGCCCACCACCCACUCCCACCACGCCACUGACGGUCAGAUGUGGGAGGUGCUGACAACCAACCUGGAGAAGAACUUGGACGGGCUGCCCUCAGCCUCCAACAUCAGCGUCAGAGUCAAGGCCUUCAACGACGUUGGCUUCAGUGCCCCCAACCAUCCCGUUUUCUGUAUAACAGAGGAUGAUGUACCAGGUCCCCCGGAGCGCGUGCGAGUACUGGUGACUGGCGCAACUACCCUGCUGGUGACGUGGGCGCCUCCACAACCAUUCACCGGCGCCGUCCUCCACUACACCCUGUACUCCGCCCGCGACGACCAGGUGGCGGUUCGUGACGUGGUGGGAGCAGGAGGCUCCGAGGCCACCUGGAGGGAGCUGACUGGCCUCACCCCGACCUCCAGAGUCCAGGUGUGGGUGACUGCGACUACGGUAGCCGGCGAGGGUAACCCGUCGCCCCGUCUCACAGCCCUGCCCACCCCAAAGCCCACCCACUCGGCCGUGGCUGUGGGCGGUGGGCGGACGUGGCGAGUGGGUGCGGGUUCGGGUGUGACGUUGGGGUGCCGUGGGCUCGGUUCGCCCGCCCCGACCAUCAGCUGGACGCGGGCGGGGGCGGCGGUCACCAGCGGCCAGAUGACGCAGCUGCUGCCAGGCGGUGACCUUCACCUUACAGCUGUUCGAGAGACCACCAAUUACACCUGCUGGGUGCGCAAUGCCGUGGGCGCUGACAGUCUCACGCACCUGGUAGUGGCCGUCACGCCGCCCUCGCCGCCCACACUGGCCCUGGGGCACGCCACCCAUCACGCCCUCAACCUCACCAUCAUCCCUACAAGUGACGGAGGAGCGCCCAUUCUAGGGUACACGGUGCACCACCGGGGGCGUGCUGGGGAGUGGGUGGAGGUGGAGGCGGCCCCAGGGGCGGGCGGGGUGGUGGUGGGCGGCCUGCCGUGUGGGGCGCCCCAUCACCUCUACCUCACCGCCUGGAACGUGAUGGGCACCAGCGCCCCCAGCCCCGUCCUCGUCGCUGACACCCUGGGGGACGCUCCCGGCCGACCUGACCCCUCCAGACUCGUCGAGAUCAACUCCACCUGCGUCACUUUGCGUCUCUACGUCUGGCCGGAGCUGGGCUGUCCCGUCACACACUGGAAGGUUGAACAUGGGAGCGAGGAAGGCAGCGCGUCAUGGGCGACCCUGCACUCCCACGUGACCCGUGACACUACUGACCUGGGAGUGUGUGACCUGUCCUCUGCAGCCUGGCACCUCCUGAGGGUCACUGCCUCCUCUACAGCCGGCGACACUGCCGUCGUUUACCGCGUGGCGACUUCAGAUAAUGAAGGGGGAUCCAUUACUGCGGAGUCUGUGCAGGAGGUGGUGGUGGGCGAGUCCUCUGGCGUGGGUGGGUGGCUGGAUGCUCACAUUGUAGCGGGGGUAGUCAGCGCCCUCCUGCUGGCUACCGCUGUCAUCAUCUGCGUCUGCGUCGCCGUCAGGAGGAGGAGGUACGGGGGAUACAGCAGGCAGGGGGAGAGUGUGGAGCAGAAGGGUGGAGGAGAGGACGACAACGCCCGCAACUCUGAGCUCACCCGCGCCCACCUCUACUCUCCCACGCCCACCAAGAAGCCCCGGGGCUCCCUGGCCUCCCUCAAGACCCAGGAUGACACCUCCGACCCCUACGAGAUCUGCCCUUACGCCACCUUCAGCGUGGGAAGCUCUGAAGGCACCUUAGAGUACGGGUUGUCCCUGCACGCCAUGACGCCCCGGGACUGCUUGGACCACCCGGCCGGCCACAGUGAUCGCUCCUCCCAGCAGCAGUCACCAGCUUACGGCCAGGUUGGUCGUCAGAGGGCCCAGUCCCACUAUAAGGAGACAGAGAUCGCGUACAUCACCCGCAGUGGGCGUCCGGAGUAUGGGAGUCGUCCCAAGUCCAUGCCCAAUGCCCAGCCUAUGCCCAGUGCCCAGCCUAUGCCCACCUCCGCCACACCCGCACCUGCCACCUCCGAGCAGAGGUCAUGGACAGAGGAGACCAGGAAGGACACGCGAGGCCGUCCUCACCGACCCAGGAGCCGCACUAGAGUUGAAACCCCCGGAGGAGGAAGAGACUCUAGCACAGAAAGUAAUGACGCCUCGUCCCCCGUGCAACACCGCCACCACUACCAACAGCAACAGCAACUUCCGCCACAGCUUCACCCACAGCAGUUGACAGCGCAGCAGCAACAGCAGCAGCAGCAGCAGCAGCAGCAGCAGCAAGUGGCAGCGGCAGCUGCUGCAGUAGUCACAGCAGGAAGAGGAGGCCCCCACCCGCUGCCUCCGGUCCGCCAUGCCAGAGCACGGACUGAGUCGUCCUCCAGUGACAGCUCCUCCUCGACUCCUCCGAGACCACUUCACCCUCCGUCAGCCUUCUCAGACUCCAGGGAACUCUCUGAAGCCGAGUGCGACCGAGAGAUCUUCCAAGCACACGAAAAUGAUGGAGGACAGCCAGGGGGUUCUGCUCCCCCUCCAAGGAGGACUGGGGAGGAGAGCAUCAAGGCCGAGCUGACAGUGUUGCUCCAACGCUAUCACCAACAACAUCAACAACAACAACAACAGAACAAGGACGACGAAGAGAAACAAACAGAGCACAAGAAGCCUCGUGUCCCGGAGAGGAACCCUUACACCAUCAAUGUGUAGCUGUGUAGUCCUUAUUCACCAGGACGAGAGCCUCUAUAUUUUUACAAUAAAUAAUGACUAGAUGGAAUGUGGGGGAGACACUUGGUGCUCUGUAUUUUCUUUACCAUUUUUGUAUAUUUUUUUCCAUUGGAAUGCUGUCGUAUUUUAUUGUUCUCAUUUUUCUAAUGCAUUACAGUCUUGCAGUGAAGUUAAUUUCCAUAAGAGUAGUUUUAAUAAUUUGCUGUUUUCACCAUAUACUUUUAGCAAACUAUUUUAGUAAUUACCUACAUGUUUUGGUAUAUCGUGUUGGCUUUGUGACACACACAACGUGUAAGGAAAACAUUGUACUUGUAUUAAAAUU